AUGUUUAAAAAUACAUAUCAAAGUGGGCUAUUAUCAAUAUUUUACAGCUGUGGGUCAAAUCCACUAGCAAUAUGGGACAUGGAAGUUCAGAACGGGCACAUAAAACGCCUGACAGAUAAUGAAGUCAAUUCUAUAGUCCUAGAAAUAGUGAGUACAAAUGUUGCUACGACUUUUAUAUCGUGUCCAAAAAGAAAUCAAGUAUUAGACGAUAAAAAUAUGCGUAGACGAUUUAGAAUUUCAAACUUUCAGUCCACAACAAAAAUUAAGCCUUUUUGCACGAGCAUGCCGAUAGGAUUAUCUGGUGGAUGGAACCAAAUACAAUUUAAUUUAGCUGACUUUACGAGACGAGCUUAUGGGACACAGUUUAUAGAAACACUGCGAGUACAGGUGCAUGCUAAUGCACGUUUAAGACGCAUAUAUUUCAGUGAGCGACUUUACACUGAAGAGGAGUUACCACAAGACUACAAGCUAUAUUUACCGUUAGAGAAAAAGUCUAGGAAAGUGAAACCAGAUAAUAAGGAAGAUCACCCUCUUAAAAAAGGCCUUUCUCGACAUGUUGUGGAAAAAGUGCCUCAAGAAGUUAUCAUCCUUGAACCACCAACGGUUGUUGAAUCAAAAGUAAGUAAAGUAAGUGCCGCUACUGUGACACCAGGAGCUACUGAGCCGAUUGAAGAAAAAGAAGAUGUUAUGGAAGCGACUUCCGAUGUCCCUGUGGAGAUUGUUCCAGAAACGUUAGUAGUAGAAGUAUCGUCCAAAGAUAGUAAAGAAGCGGCUGAAAUUACUGAACCCACCGAAGUCGCAGAGCCAACUGAAAUUAAUGAACCAGGUGAUGAACAAGAACCAGAAGUUCAACCAAAAGAAGAAACCCAGGAAGAAGAAUAA